GAGUGCAUUGCAAAGAUCUCUGCAGGAGCCUUCUCUCCCCUGACGUGGCCUCAGAUGACGUCGCUCAGAGUCGAGCCGUAGAAGGGUUCCUCACCUGCAGGAAAACACCGAAGAAACGUGGGAAGUUUCCCCAUUCAGGAACAACUCCAGCUGCGAUGCAUUUCCAAAUCAAACACCUACUGCGGCUGAAUCAGUGCGCGUCAGUUCAGCGCGAGAGGAGCCUCGGGACGAAACUGUGGACUGUCUCAGCUGCAGCUCAACAACAACAACGUGGUGUGAGAGCUGCAGGGUCGCAUGCAUCUGCAGACCUGAACAAGUAUUUCGCCCUGCAGUGCUGCAGAAAGUAUGCAUCCGACACCGCGUACAGCCGAGCCUUCGCCUCGGCCAGGGACAACCCCGAGACUUUCUGGGGUGAGAUGGGACUGGAUAUUAACUGGUUUGAGCCGUGGACUAAAACUUUGCACGUUGAGGAUCCAGUGUUUCCAAACUGGUUUGUUGGAGGGAAGCUGAACGUCUGCUACAAUGCUGUGGACCGACACGUAGAGAGCGGCCGUGGAGAGCAGCCUGCCAUCAUCUAUGACAGCCCAGUGACUGGAACUAAACAAAUCAUCACUUUCAGGGAACUUCAGGACCAGGUUUCCAGGUUAGCAGGAGUCCUGGUGAAGAACGGGGUACGGAAAGGAGAUCUUGUAGUCAUCUACAUGCCCAUGGUGCCGCAGGCCAUGUUCACCAUGUUGGCCUGUGCACGGAUCGGUGCCCCGCACAGCCUUAUCUUUGGUGGCUUUGCUUCAAAAGAGCUCUCUGUCCGCAUCGAUCAUGCCAAGCCCAAGCUGAUGGUUACAGCCUCAUUUGGCAUCGAGCCAGGCAGGAAAGUGGAGUACAUCCCUCUGGUGAAGAAGGCCUUGGAGCUGAGCUCUCACAGACCCUCGAAAGUCCUCAUCUACAACAGGCCUAACAUGGAAAAAGUAUCAUUGGGACCUGAGUUGAGUUUGGACUGGGAGGAAGAGAUGGCCACUGCCCGGCCGCAUGACUGUGUUUCUGUUCCCUCCAACCACCCUCUCUACGUCCUCUAUACAUCUGGAACCACUGGAACGCCAAAGGGUGUUGUGCGCGACACUGCAGGCUAUGCUGUGAUGCUGAAAUGGACCAUGUCAAAUAUUUAUGGACUCCGUCCUGGAGAUGUUUGGUGGGCAGCGUCAGAUCUCGGCUGGGUAGUCGGCCACUCAUACAUCUGCUAUGGUCCUCUGCUCCAUGGCAACAGCACAAUACUCUAUGAGGGUAAGCCUGUGGGGACUCCAGACCCAGGGGCGUUCUUCCGUGUCCUAUCUGAACACGGAGCCUCCUCCAUGUUCACAGCACCCACCGCCAUCCGAGCCAUUCGCCAGCAGGACCCACAUGCUGAAGUUGGGAAAAAAUACCCCCUGUCCAGGUUGCAGUCGUUAUUUCUGGCAGGUGAGCGCUGUGAUGUGGAGACGCUGGAAUGGGCAAAGAGGAGCUUUGGGGUUCCCGUCCUGGAUCACUGGUGGCAGACUGAAACCGGCUCGGCCAUCACCUCCUCAUGCAUUGGUCUGGGGAACUCACUCACGCCACCUGCAGGUCAGGCUGGUAAACCUGUUCCAGGUUACAAUGUCACAGUGAUCAAUGAUGACAUGCAGGAGGUGAAGCCAAGAACCCUGGGAAAUAUCGUGGUGAGACUACCUUUACCACCUGGUGCAGCGUUGUCACUGUGGCAGAACCGCAGUCUGUUCAAGGAGCUCUACUUCACUAAGUUCCCAGGUUACUAUGACACCAUGGAUGCAGGUUUUGUGGAUGAGGAGGGCUUCCUUUACAUCAUGUCCCGCUCUGAUGAUGUCAUCAACGUGGCAGGCCACAGGUUGUCUGCUGGAGCACUGGAGGAGUCCGUGCUGCAGCACCCUGCGGUGGGAGACUGUGCUGUGGUGGGUCUAGAGGACACUCUGAAGGGUGUGGUUCCCCUGGCCCUGUGUGUGCUCAAGAACGGUGUGCACAAAAAUCAAGAGGAGAUCACAAACGAGAUGGUGAAGCUUGUGAGAGACAACAUCGGACCAGUGGCUGCCUUUAGGAAAGUGCUUUUUGUCCAAGGAUUGCCGAAGACGCGUUCGGGCAAGAUCCCUCGCUCCUCUUUAGCCAACCUGGUCAACGGCAAACCCUACAAGGUAUGA